UGACGAACGUACGCUAGCUUGAAAAAAUCAAAACAAACAAUUCUGGAAAAUAAGUGAGUGGCUGGAUGUUACUUUGUAUCUGUACAUAACCAUAUUGAGUAUUUGUCUCUUAAAGAGACCUUCAUCAUGUCGAAUAUGGAGAAACACUUGUUCAACCUCAAGUUUGCUGCCAAGGAGCUACAGCGCAACUCCAAGAAAUGUGACAAAGAGGAAAAGGCAGAAAAAGCUAAAGUGAAACAGGCCAUCCACAAGGGUAAUAUGGAGGCAGCCAGGAUCCAUGCAGAGAAUGCCAUCCGUCAGAAGCAUCAGUCCAUUAAUUUCUUGAGGAUGAGUGCACGUGUGGAUGCUGUGGCUUCUAGGGUCCAGACUGCUGUCACUAUGAACCAGGUAUCUAAGUCCAUGUCGGGAGUAGUCAAGUCUAUGGAUGCUACACUGAAAAGCAUGAACUUGGAGAAGAUUUCUGCAUUAAUGGACAAGUUUGAAAACCAAUUUGAAACUCUGGAUGUGCAAACAGCUCAAAUGGAAGACACAAUGGGCAACACCACUACUCUGACCACACCUCAGAAUGAAGUGGACCUGCUGUUGCAUGAGAUGGCUGAUGAAGCAGGGUUGGAUCUUAACCUGGAGCUUCCUGCAGGCCAGACUUCCUCACUGGCUUCAUCUGUGGCAUCAACAGAGCAGGAUGAGCUCUCCCAGAGGCUGUCCAGACUGCGAGACCAGGUGUCAUAAUGUAGAAAAUGACAAGAUCAGGAGAAGGGAGAAGAGCAGGAGAAGCUAGAACUGACAGGGAGUGAAAAAGUGGAGAAUAAACAAAAAAAGGUGCCAUGUGCCUGCAAGCUCUGUGCCCUCCUCUGUGUUCCAGGUUUGUUCUUUCGUGAGAAAUAAAGAAGGCGUCUAACAGCAGAAGAGGACCGAGAUGGGAAAAAACAGGAUAUAUACAGUCCUUCAUUGGCACACUUAUAUUUAACAUAUAUUCUGAUUAUUUAUUAGCUCAGCAAUAGGACACUACUGUGCUGGUAUGUAUUUUAUUUAAUUUAUUUUUUUCAGGCACACCUUGGAUAUAUUCUUGAAUGGGAUUUUUUUGCGCUUAUUGUUGAGGAAAAAAAAGUGUAUUGUUUAAUAGCUAAUACCUCAUUCUUAACUGGUUAUACACUAUGUAUAAAAUGCAAAGAGCAAGCAAUAUAUUUAUUUAUUUAUGUGUGUGUGUGUAUUUAUUUAUUUACUGACUGACUGGGUAUUGCGAAGAGCAUGCUUGUAACUGUUAUGUCCUACCUGCAUGACUGAGGAUGUAGGGACCUCUAGUAUUGUUGCCUUGUCCGUUUCUGUUUCGCUCCAAAUUUUGGCUGUAGUGCUGAAACUCAAACUUGUUAUAUUUUUUAUAUUUUAUCCAAAAAGAGGGCUCGUUGUAAAUGUUUGACAUGCUUCGGAGAAGGCUGGAAUAUUAAUAUAAUAAGGCUGAUUUUCUGCAUGUAACGGUAACCACUCUAGUGGCUCACCACGCACUUACAUGACAGUCAUUAAAAGCGUUUUUAACACGU